GUGAAUUGUGAUUUCCCAUUAAUGGGGACAGUCAGUCAGGGUUAGGUGAUUUCCCAUUUAUGGGGCCAGUCAGUCAAGGUAGGAACCCCUGGGGUACAGAGGGAAAUAUAAUUCACACACAGGAGGAGUAGGUAAGACUGCAGUGAGAUUUACAGGUUCUCAGCAGCCGCACUGCACACUCUGUCCUGAAGAGGGCAGCAUACUCAAUGUAAAGAAAUGCAGCAGACGCAGAGCCUGAUGAGGUUUGACUUGUCCUGGGACCCGUAGAAGCGCCAAAAUUAAACAGGAAGGAAGGUUCAGAACACAAUUGGUCACAAGUUCCCUCGAUGCAUUAGAGAAGAAUUGAUUAUCAUAAUGGAUUCCAUAGGACAAUGGCUUUUUCAAAAAGUUUACAUUUUAAAGUAUAUGGUUUUUGGAUUCCCUGAUUCAGAAGCUAUCCCACCCCCGUGGUCCAUGAAGUCACCUUUUUCAACAUGGAAUUUUUACAGUAAAAUAUCAUUUGCAGCCUCUAUUUUCUGCUUCAUUUUUUUUCUUGCCCUGCGUUCUCGGAAGCAGCUCGAUGGUGACAUGAAGAUUAUUUCUAGAAGGACCUCAGCCACCAGGCUAGAAGUCCGCACAGCCUUACACCGCCGUCUGCUGGACUCUUGUCUACACGCCUUGUAUGGUUUCCUAGUGCUCUCCUUGUUUGUCUCAAUCCCAUGGGAAUGGGUGCGUCUCUACCAGAUAGAAAUAGCCAAGAAGACAACUAUCCUUUCUGAGGGGUAUUCAAACAGCUGCUACACAGACGGCCUGUCCUUUUGGAGUACAAUAAAGGUUUGGCUGGCGUGGAAUUUCUCCUGGGGUAGCGAUGCCUGCCAGGAUUAUUACAAAGCCCUCCUUGUAGAUCCAUUUUGGGAAGUGACCCCACUGAUGGCGAUCAGCUCGGCCAUCAGUCGUAUAGUCCUGCACCCAGUGGAAUUAACGAGUCACGCAAUCGGCAGGAGUAUCCGUAACUUAAUGAAGGAGAUUCCCAGCCAGUGGCAGCCUCUGAUCUUCCUGUUGGUACCUUUGGUCUGCGCCUCGUCGGUGGCUGUCGCCUAUUUGAGGAGGAAUCAGAGGACUAUAAUCACGUGCCAGACUCCCCCCAUUAACUCCAAGACAAAAGGCACAAAACGGGCAAUCAAACCGAAGACACAGGAGACCACCAUGGCGAAGAGACUGAGAUAGGAAACACAACAGCAGGUCCUACAGCGGCUUCCAGGACUGCAAACUGAGACUUCCUAGAGAAACCGAUAUUUAAACAGAUAAUUCCUUUUAUUCAACGCUAGCAAAAAGAGCCAGGGCGCUGGAGAUUAUAAUGGAUUAAUGCAGAUUGUUUUAGGAACACACGAGGAAGCUCGAUUUUCUGUACAAUGUGUACUUUAAACACAGAUAGCUGAACUUUUUUUUAAGCACAAGGCAGUGCAGCUGCUAUCAGUAUGUUCGUAUUACAUGUUCCGGUAUUUAUAUCAUGUGUUUGGAUUUAAGACAUUGCUUGGCAUGAAAGGAUUAUUGGCGUGAUUUAGGGAAUCUCUGCUGUAUAGUAACCUUUAAAGCUCUGACAUAAUCAGUAGUGUUGUACAAUGGGGCUACGUGUUACUCUUUCUUUUAGACUGUCACAAAUCCAAAGGGGUGGAGGAGGAGAUAUUUUUAAUGUACAAAGAAUGAAAUGAUGCUUUUCCAUAAAGUAACAUAACAUUAAGAUUUUAUUGAUCGGUGCUCCCUAUUAAAACCUCUAUUUUCUGAAUAGUUGGUUAGUAUUACGUAAGGUUGGAAUUAUUAGAAAGAUGCACUAAUAUUUUUCCCCAAUUUAGCGAUCUUACCAGUUUAGGAAUAUUUUCAUUCCAGAUAUUUAAAUGUUCCCUUCGUGACACCACAGAUAGAUGUGUUGAUAACAGGUUUGUUCCCUUGUAAGGAUAGUCUAAGAAAAUAAAUUGUCUAAAUACGUCUCCAACAUUGGAUGAAUUGUCUGUUCCCGCUGCCCCUCAGCCCCGAAAUACCACUUAUGCCAGCUGAUAACUCCUUUUCUUCCAGGGCAGACUGUGGGCAGGCAGUGGCACUGUGACCCUCUGACGUGUGAGGGCUGUGCACACAUGAAAUCCAUAUUUUUGAGUUACCUCUAUGUGGGUGACUUAGACUGUGACCGUUAAUCUGUACAGUUAGUAGCAGUUUGAAAUCAUUUAAAUUGAGGCCGGUGUUUGCAGCAGA